AUUGCAUUUACUCAACAAUAAUUGUGAAGUCUCAGCUGAACCUGAGUAAUACACAAAUGUCUAAAGGAAACUCUCAGCUUAAAUACUUUACAUUAAUCCUUCAAAUCAUCUUUCUGCAAACAUGCCAUGCUCGGAAGAGCAAACACUACUGUCCUCCUUCUGCUUGUGGCGAUAUCCGUAACAUACACUACCCUUUUCGUUUAAACACCGAUCCAGAAUAUUGCGGAGAAUAUCAAGAAUUUGAAUUAGCUUGUGAAGGUAACCAAACAGUUAUAUGGUUAUUCUCCAAAAAGUUGCACGUUCAAGGCAUCGGCUAUGAUAAUCGGACAAUUCACCUGGUAGAUCCAACUUUACAAACACAAGAACAAGAUGAUCUAUGCUCUUUCAGACCUCAGCUUAAUUUCAACCAAUACAAUAGAAUCUUUAAAUCAUAUACGUAUACUAAUGGAUAUUAUAAAACAAUAGCUGAGCCCAUCUUCAUGUUCAACUGUCCGUUUGCUGUUAAUAAUUCUUCGACAUUUGUGGAAAUUAGUGGCUGCAAAUUAAGCAGAUACACUUAUUUAAAGAUUGGAGAAAUGAAUGUCUCUGAAGUGAGUGAUGGAUGCAGAGCAGAAUUUAUAGGCUUUACCUCAUGGCCUAAUAUUAAAGAUGCAGAGAUCAACAUUUCCCUUUCUGAUUUUCAUCAAGCAAUCCUUUAUGGCUUUGAGCUCUAUUAUCCGGGUUUCGAUGAAAGGAUAAGUGUUGCUUUAAUGAUUCUCAUGUAUUUGGUAGCAAAAUUUGUGAUCGGCCUUCCGUUGGUAAUUGCAUUUCUCGUGUACAAAUUCAAAAGGAGGCAUUUGUCAAUGUAUGAUACGAUUGAAGGCUUUUUGCAAACACAGAACAAUUUCAUGCCAAUCAGAUAUAAUUACUCCAACAUAAAGAGAAUGACCAGAGGAUUCAAAGAGAAAUUAGGCGAGGGAGGUUACGGAACUGUGUACAAAGGAAAGCUUCAAAGUGGAAGAGAUACAGCAUUGAAGAUGUUGAGCAAGCCUAAAGCCGGUGGGCAAGAUUUCAUGAAUGAAGUAGCUACCAUUGGAAGGAUUCAUCAUGUCAACGUGGUUGGACUCGUGGGGUAUUGCGUUGAGGGAACAAAGCGUGCUCUUGUUUACGACUUCAUGCCCAACGGAUCACUUGAUAAGUACAUCAGCACGAGUCAAGAAGGAAGUCCUCUGUUAAGUUGGCAGAGGAAGUAUGACAUUAUUCUUGGAGUGGCUCGAGGAAUUGGGUAUUUGCAUCGAGGCUGUGAUGUACGAAUUUUGCAUUUUGACAUCAAACCACACAACAUUCUUUUGGAUGAGAAUUUCAUUCCCAAGAUUUCUGACUUUGGCCUUGCGAAAUUAUAUCCAACAGAUAAGAGCAUUGUGACUCUCACGGCUGCUCGUGGAACGAUUGGAUAUGUUGCUCCAGAGUUGAUCAGCAGAAGCAUUGGAGCAAUCUCAUACAAAGCUGAUGUUUACAGCUUCGGAAUGCUGCUAAUGGAAAUGUUGGACUUGAAGAGAAAUGAAGUUGCAAAUGAAGAGCAUUCCAGCCAAUACUUUCCUUAUAAUAUUUACGAUAAGUUCAACAAAGGGAAAGAGAUUGUGGUGGAUGAAGGAGCGAACGAUGAUGAAAAGAAGAUUGCUAGGAAGCUGAGUUUGAUUGCAUUAUUGUAAUGACUCCACAGGACAAGUUGGACAACAACAGACGUAGUACCAGGUACAAACGAGUGCCACAAUACCUGGACCACUACGUGGUCCCAGAUGCAAAAGGGAAACAGACUCUGAUAGCAAAAGAGCAUGAGUAAUAGCUACUAGAGUAGUAUAAGUAGUGGCAGAUUUCACUAAAGAAGGCAGGGAUGAACUUGCUUUUCUUUUAGUUGCUUAGAAUAGAUCUGGAACCUCCCUUUUCUUCCUUUUUCCUUUGUUUUGCUUCUUGUUAUUCCCAGAAGAAGAGGAACAGGUCCCUCCUGUGACCUGCAACUAGUUCAUCUUUAAUACAAAGUUCCUCUUGUUACAUUUGGUGCUUUCAUUGUCCCUCCUUCUACCAUGGGUGAUGGUGCACACAAUACUCGCCUCAAAUCUCUUGAUGAGGCUGUGAAACAACUUCAAGAACAAUCUGUUGGCCAUGCUAAAGCCGUGGAGUCCAUCAACACUGCCUUACAAGAUAUUGUAACUCAACUGGCUUCGUUGCGUCCUUCGUCGCCGGCGCCAUCUCUAGUCGCUGGUAGCCCUUCUUCAGUUUUAGGUCAAUCAUCUGUGCCACUUCCACAAACUUUUUAUCAGCAUACUCACCCACCACCCACACUGAAUCGGCAACCCCCAGUACACCAGGUGCUUCCAGUUCCACCCCAUGGCCUUAAUCCAUUUCGACGUGAUAAACCGGCACCGAUUGACUUAGCUAAGUUUGAUGGAACCAACGCAGAGAGUUGGGCUUUCCAAGCUCAUCAGUAUUUUGACACUUAUAAUGUUCCAGAUGAACAACGCUUGAAUGUAUGCUCUUUCUUUCUAGAGGGAGAUGCACGAGAUUGGUAUCAGUGGAUGUACCGGAACCACCAACUCUGUGGAUGGGACCACUUUCUU